AUGCGAAAUCGAGCCUUCUACAUGGUGACCGGCCGAGGUGUAGGACUGUUGUGGGGAAUGCCAGCACGGGUGUUAUUGGCAAAAAAAAAAAAAAAAAAAAAAAAAGUGACAUGGCUUUGUCCCCUUUGUGGGAGGAUAUGCGUAAAGGCUAUACCUUUGAAUUUUCCCCCGGGCAUUACCGCAUUGGUGGGGCUACUCUGGUGGGACUACACCGUUCGCGGGGGUGCGCCGCAAAAAUGUGUGCGCACCCGCAGCGAAGGCGCCCAAAAGACUGCACCUAAGGGGGGAGCGAGGCAGCAUGGGGUGACUCAGCGGUGUGGCGGUGUAGCGGCGUGGCAGCUCAACGGCAGUUGCACAUCCGAAGCACCGAUGACGAGGGCAGCCAUGGAAACGAAGAAAAGAGGGACGAAGCUGCUCUGCUGCGCCCUCGGGGCCCUGGCGCCCGCCUACUGGCUCCACCACCGCAGGGCAAGCACAAGUCAGCGCGGCCACAACGGAUUUAGCGGCGACCUAGAAAGUGUUAAGAAGCUAAAAAUGAACAGCCCCCUCUGCCACAUACCGCUAAUCAUCCUCAGCAUCUACGACGGUUACUUUUACGAGAGUAAGGUGCUCCGGAGGAUUCACAACAUAUUUAGGGAGCGGUCAUCUGGGAAAGCCGCCGCUCCCUUUCCGCCUCUGUCUACAACGAGGUCUACAUCGAGGUCUACAUCCGCGUCAGCACCACCGCACCCACCUCUUCUCCCCCCCCACGGAGGAAACACAACCAGGGAAGAAGGAAGAGACGGCCCUAACUACCACUUCCUCAUGCACAGCGAAAAAAGCCUAUUCAACAAAAUGUAUUUUUACGAGUUGGUCCUGGACAAGAGUAUAAAAUAUGCAGUCAUUUCACCUCAGCUGAGUUUUUACAUUUUGAGGCAGCUCUCCCAGCACGUUGUGAAUUUGAAUACGCGGCUGUACCAUGAGGAGGAGUUCUCUUUACACCGGGAGAAGCGGGGGGGUGAUCGUAGUCUCAGUCGCAGUCGCGGUAGCGGGGUUGCCAACUGGGUGAGGCGCUUGCCGUGGGGGGGAGAAAGGAGCAACUCCCGCCAUGGUGACAUUGGCAGUGGAAGCGACGCGGGAGGAGAGGACCCCCACGUGAGGAAGAAACCCCGCCGCGGAGAGGCAAAGGGAAACCUCUACGAAAGGUACGGCAUUCACAAGUACGAAUGGACGUAUAGCCAACCGAGGGGAGGUGACACCACUCCCUCUCCACAGCAAGACCAAGUCAGCAUCAAUCUGUUGUAUCUCCUAAACAAAGCAUAUGAUGAUGUGAAUAGGAUCUGCAUCGACACGGACGCAAAUAUCUUUGUUAGCUUAUACACGAUUAAUAUUCUCAAAUUUAUUUGCUACAACAGUUAUAGGCACGUGUUAGUGAAUAGCUCUUUGGUGGGGGAGCUGGAGAGGGGCAACCGGACGGGGGGGAACGGGAAGUGGAGCAGCCUCGUCGAUUACGUUUGCGCCUUCUUCGCGGGGAGUCGGGCGGCUCAGGAGGGGCGCAUCCCUCUGAGCGACGCGGACAGGUACUUAUUUUGCGGGGAAGCAGACGGGGGGGGUGAGCGCGGCCAUUCUGCAAGUGGUUUAACUGGCGGUUUGCCGAGCGGUUUAACGAGCGGUUUAACGAGCGGUUUAACGAGCGGUUCGCCGAGCGGUUCGCCGAUCGCCCCGCCACCCCCCGCGGGGGCCCACAAAAGGGAUGGCCAGCGGGACGAAGCGCAGCAAAAUGGAGAUGGGCACAGCGACCAAUCCGUGAUGGGGCAGGGGAAAGCUAACCAGACAGUGGGAGCAGCCACCUCGCGAAAUGUUGCCACCCCACGAAGCGCUGCCACCUCAAACACCCAUGGGGGAGAGCCACACCAACGGGAAGACACACAAGAGAGGCCCCCACACAACUACGUGCAAUGCCAAGGCGAAGUGAACGAACAAAUGAAAAUCCUAAAUGACCUGUACCUCAUUCUGUACCUGCGCCUCCUCCUAGAAUGCUGCAUCAAACUUGUGAGCAUUAAAAAAAACCUCUUAGUGUUGGAGGAGAGGGUUAAAUUUGAAAAGGGAAAUAAAAUUUUUUACCUCAGCACAUCGGAUGCGAUUGAGAGUUUGAAGGUGCACUUCCUGAAGCGGUUCCGUCGGGGCGAGGAGAAGCGGGGGCUCCGGAUCUUCUUUCGCCCCUAUGGCAGCGCUAGGGGGUGCGCACCACCGGGUAAGCCGGCUGCGAAGCGGCUGAAGACACUUCCCAUAUGGUACAGCACAGACGCGCAGCCCACUGCCGAGCCGCCCAGCUCCCCCACGUGGAAAAUCGCCCUAAGGGGACACCUCAAACGAGCGAAAACCUACAUGAACCGCAAGCUCUUCCACUUGAAAAAAAAUAUUAACUAUUACGUGGUAAACGUAGACGAAGCUAUAACUAAUAAAUAUUACAAAAGAGUUUAUAAAAAAAACUUGAAGAGGGUAAAAGAACAUUUGAGGGAGAACACACAGAAGGAAAUAGACUUGGGAAGGUACCAUGAGAUGUAUUAUAACAUCGUUGCGAAUUUGAGUGGCAUCCUCUCCUUUGCUUCCGCAGUUGAUGAGAGAAAUGAGGUCCAUCGUAUUUUGUCUCUUUACAGCACUGGGGGUUUCUACCAGUAUAACUACCUCAAUGAGCAUGACAGUUUGUUUUUUAAAAAUGGGGUCAGUCGGUACUUACGACGUUUGGGUGAUGAGUGGUCUACUUCUUCAGAAAGACGAGAGGGUCCCACCCGGGGGGAGUCCUCCCCCUCCUUCUAUUACACAAAUGAUAUAUAUCUGCUCCUCCUUCUAUACACCCAGAGAAUAAAAAAAUGCCUAAAUGUAUUUUCCUACAUCUACAGUAAGAAUCACUUCAGUAGGUACUGCUCCUUGUGCUGCAUCUUUCGCAAACUGAAUUUUGUCCUUUUGUCUACGAGGAGUUCCUCUCAUUGGGUUGCGAAUGCUGCCUUCCUUCUUUACCACAACUGGUUUGCUUGCUUCUCCUUCUUUUAUUUUUUUUGUGCCCACUCGUACGUUGCCUUUUUUCUCUUGUACCAGCUUAGCACAUUUCCUUCUGUGCGUUACUUUGGCAUUCUCGCCGACCCCGGCUUGUCUCUCUACUUCGUGCGGCUGUAUUGCAACGCGCGUGCGGUUUGCGGUUCGUGAGGGGGGCGGCUCAGUG